AACGAGGGAAAAAAGCAACGGAGAAAAAGAAGAAAGGAACCUUAUGCCUCACUUAGCUGUAUUUUACUGGUACACUGUAUGUGUCUGAUGACUAUUAAAGGUGGACGUUUCCAGUACGCUGAGCAGAUCAACAGGUCGAAAUAGUAGUUCAAAAAAAAAAAAAGCUGACAUCUCAAUUUGAGACUCAAAGGUGGGAUGUAUCUUUCCAUUUUUUACUUCCUCAUGCUGUGGGCUCAAGCCCUGACUUUAAAAAAUCUAAAUUAUUCUGUUCCGGAAGAGCAGGGUCCCGGCACCGUUAUUGGGAACAUUGCCAAAGAUGCCCGACUUGGCCCCGGGGAGCGGGGAAAGAAGUCCAACUUCAGGGUGCUGGAGAAUUCAGCCCCACAUCUCAUUGAUGUGGACCCAGAAAGUGGACUUCUGUACACUAAGCAGAGGAUUGACAGGGAGACGCUAUGUCGACGAAUCCCCAAGUGCCAGCUCUCCAUGGAGGUCUUUGCCAACGACAAAGAGAUAUGCAUGAUCAAGGUGGACAUCCAGGACAUCAACGAUAACUCACCCAGCUUUCCUUCAGACCAGAUAGACAUUGAUAUCUCUGAGAAUGCAGCUCCAGGAACCCGCUUCCCACUCACAAGCGCACAUGACCCAGACUCGGGAGAAAAUGGGUUAAAAACCUACCAGCUCACUCGUGACGAUUACAAUAUCUUCUCUUUAGAUGUAAAAUCAAGAGGAGAUGGGACAAAAUUUCCGGAACUAGUAAUUCAGAGGUCUUUAGACAGGGAGGAACGAAGCCAUCACACCCUAAUACUAACAGCAACGGAUGGAGGGGAAUAUCCAAGAUCAGGGACCAUGCAGAUCAAUGUUAGAGUUAUGGAUUCAAAUGAUAACAGUCCAGUGUUUGAACAGCCUUCAUAUGUGGUAGAGAUUCCUGAAAAUGCACCCAUAGGAAAAGUUUUAUUAGAUCUGAAUGCCACAGACCCAGAUGAAGGGAGCAAUGGACAGGUGGUUUAUUCUUUCAGUGGUUACACACCAGACAGAAUAAGAGAGUUGUUUGCAGUUGACCCCAGAACAGGGGUUAUAAAGAUUCAGGGGGAAAUUGACUAUGAAGAAAGUCCAAUAAUGGAGAUUGAUGUUCAGGCAAAGGAUCUAGGACCAAACCCAAUCCCCGGCCACUGUAAAGUCACUGUUAAAGUGGUUGACAGGAAUGACAAUUGGCCAUCGAUAGGUUUUGUUUCUGUCCGGCAGGGGGCCGUCAGCGAAGCUGCCCCUCCGGGGACAGUCAUCGCUUUGGUGAGAGUGACUGACAAAGAUUCAGGGAGGAAUGGACAGCCUCAGUGCAGGGUGCUUGGAAAUGUACCUUUCAAGCUGGAGGAAAAUUAUGACAAUUUUUACACUGUAGUUACGGACAGACCUUUAGACAGAGAGGUGCAAGAUGAGUACAAUGUGACAAUAGUGGCUAAAGACAAUGGGAUCCCACCAUUGAAUUCCUCAAAAUCAUUCACAGUAAAAAUCUUGGAUGAAAAUGACAAUGCCCCUCGUUUCACCAAAGCAGUGUACCUCCUACAGGUGCCAGAGAAUAAUAUCCCAGGGGAGUAUUUAGGCUCUGUUUUGGCCCAUGAUCCAGACCUUGGUCAAAAUGGAACUGUUUCUUAUUCCAUUUUGCCAUCAAAUGUUGGAGAUGUGUCUAUUUACACAUAUGUAUCUGUCAAUCCCACAAAUGGUGCAAUAUAUGCUUUAAGAUCAUUCAAUUAUGAGCAAACAAAGUAUUUUGAAUUUAAGGUCCUGGCAAAAGAUUCAGGAUCCCCUCACCUGGAAAGUAAUGCCACUGUCAGGGUCAGUGUACUAGAUGUCAAUGACAAUGCCCCAGUCAUAGUCCUACCCCUUUUACAGAAUGACACAGCUGAGAUUCAUGUUCCCAGAAAUGUGGGUGUUGGGCACAUUGUGACCACAGUGAGAGCUGUAGACAACGAUUACGGAGAAAGCGGUCGCCUGACUUAUGAGAUUUCCGAUGGGAACGAAGAUCACUUGUUUGAGAUUGACGCGGUCACUGGUGAGAUCAGGAUCGUGCAUCCUUUCUGGGAGGAUGUGACCCCGGUUGUCGAGCUCAUCAUUAAGGUGAUCGACCAUGGGAAGCCCACCCUUUCCGCCGUGGCUAAGCUCAUCAUCAAGGCUUACUCAGGCCCCCUUCCGGAAGGGGAGCCCAGGAUCAAUGAGGAGCAGCACAGCUGGGACAUGUCUCUACCCCUCAUAGUCACCCUGAGCAUCGUCUCCAUCAUGCUUCUGGCAGCCAUGAUCACCAUCGCUGUCAAGUGCAAGCAGGAGAACAAGGAGAUCAGGACUUACAACUGCCGGAUUGCCGAGUACUCCCACCCCCAGCUGGGAAAGGGCAAGAAGAAGAAGAUUAACAAGAAUGACAUCAUGCUGGUGCAGAGCGAGGUGGAGGAGAGGGACGCCAUGAACGUCAUGAACGUGGUGAGCAGCCCUUCCCUCGCCACGUCCCCCAUGUAUUUUAAUUACCAGACACGGCUGCCCCUCAGUUCACCGAGGUCAGAGGUCAUGUACCUCAAGCCCACGUCCAACAACCUGACUGUUCCUCAAGGACACGUGGGCUGUCACACGAGCUUCACGGGGACUGUGACUAACACCACCGAGACUCCAGUUAAUAGGAUGUCAAUAAUUCAGACAGAUAAUUUUCCGCCCGAGCCCAAUUACAUGGGUAGCAGGCAGCAGUUUGUUCAAAGCAGCUCCACGUUCAAGGACCCGGAGCGGGUGAGCCUGCGGGACAGUGGACACGGCGACAGCGACCAGGCCGACAGCGACCAGGACACGAACAAGGGCUCUUGCUGUGACAUGUCCAACAAGGAGGUGCUCAGAAUAAAGGCGAGCCUCGCAAAACCUCAGCCACUUGAGCAGGAACAAGAGGAGUGCGUUAAUUGCACAGAUGAGUGCCGAGUGCUAGGACAUUCCGAUAGGUGCUGGAUGCCUCAGUUUCCGACAGGUAACCAGGCAGAAGGCACUGACUAUCGCACCAACCUUUUCGUACCAGCAGGGAUGGAGGCCGUGGUGGACACGGAGACUUAUGAGACAGUCAACCCCAAUGGGAAAAAGACUUUCUGCACCUUUGGGAAGGAGAGGCGGGACCACACUGUGCUGGUGGCGAACGUCAAGCCUUACCUGAAAGCCAAGCGUGCCCUCAGCCCCUUGCUGCAAGAGGUCCCUUCUGCGUCUAGUAGCCCUACCAAACUGUGCACAUCUCCAUGCACGUCCAGCACAGCUCUCAUGGAGCCUACUGACAGCAAGGCCAGGAGCAGCCAGUAUGGACCGCCUGAUGGCCAGUACUUAUCACCAAAUAAGCAGCUGAAAGACUCUCCAUAUCUGCCAUCGGAACCAAUGGGCAAGGCCCUGGUGGACGGCCAUUCUCGCAUGGGACAGGACCACGGUGAAAUGGACCGUGUGCUGGAUCACCUAGAACGUGGCAACCCCGAGCAUCACCGAGAUGGCAUGGAGGCGGACCAGGUAGUCCGGGACAUUGAUAAGCUUUUGCAGGAUUGCAGAGGGAGUGAUGGCACGCCAACAAGGAAAUGAAAGAAAAACCUUAGAGCUCACACAUGCAGGGCUUAAAAAUAAUUAAUAAAAAAACACAAAUAUUACUUAAAAAUAAUAUUUUAAAGAAGGAACAAUGUUUGGGGAGAAUUAGGCUAUUUAUGGAACUAAAUUCUUUGGAAAAGACAGAGGAAGCCAGCUGCCUCUGGCUUCUAUAUUUCAAGUGCCCACCAGCUCAUAAUGAUUUCACGUCAGUCUGUCCUUCACCCCUUCACACAUGGCAGAAGGCUAAGGGACAUCCAUGAUGAUGAUGGAAAGAGCGAUAGUUUAAUAUGACAGUCGGUGCAAAGUCGGGGGCAUUGCGGACACACAGAGUCUAAAUGAAGAGACAAGGACACGUGCCACUGGACUUUUCUGAUUUUGUGCUAAUGCUCUUUGAAGUGCAGAACGACAUCAUGAAUCUAUGAGGGGUUGAGGGCAAUAAGAAAAAUGUAACUGUUCAUCACUUGCCAUUAAUAGUCACGUGUGUAAACUGUGUUUCCCUCUAUUUAUCUGACAUGUAGAACAUUCCAGGUUGGUGAAGCAGUAACAAGGCACCAUAGUUGUUGUGUAAGUGUUCAUUUUUCAUCAGUUUUCAAACUUUCAUGUAUUUGUAAGGUCUGUUGUCUAAC